UUCUCUCCUCAACCGUCCGGCAGUAUGGCCAGUGUGCGGAUCGUGCUUCUGGUGCGGGAUCCACGAGGAACGAUGCAGUCGAGGCGGCAUCGAGUAUGGUGCGGUGGCAAUGAGGAUUGCGAGGAUCCGCGACUCGUCUGCCAGGAUCUUCAGGAUGACUACAAGACAGCCGAGUUGCUGUUGCAAAAAUAUCCAUCGCGUUUUAGGACUCUGCGCUAUGAAGACUUGUCACUGAAUCCCAGUGAAAUGACACAGGACAUUUUGCAGUUCUACGGAUUGCCAUUCGAUCCAGCCGUCGAGGAGUUCCUAGACACGCACACCAAGGUUAACAUUGGCGGUGUCAGCUCCACCUAUCGUGAUUCCAGGUCAGCACCAUUCCAUUGGAUGCAGGAUCUAAAGCCAGAUGAGAUCAAGCAGAUCCAGGAUGUUUGCGUCGAUGCCAUGGACAUGUGGGGCUAUCGUCGCAUCGAGAACUUCAGCAACUUCUCCAGCCUCCAGCAGAGCUUCGAUCCAAUGGUGCUGCCACCGCCAUUCACGUGAAGCGGACGGGCAUAGUGUUAGCUGACCUAUCGUCAACGAUAACUGAUAAUGAUAACUAAUUCUUCUACUUGGUACAUUUUGUUGUGAUAUCGUCGUGUUGAGCGAGCAAAAAGAAAGAGGAAAGGAGCUGAGCGGAGCGGAAGAAGUGAUUGAGAGGCGGGCGCAAUGAGUGGCCAGAGGAGGGGAAACCGGAUGCACUGUGAAAACUCAAUUCAUAGCUGGCACAUUUUUGCUGAACACGCAAACACACUUAACUGAGCAAUAGUUAUUAAUAUAUAUAAACUGAAUAUACAAUAUGAAAUGCAUAAGUUUAGUAAUUGGCGAAUUUUGUGUAGAGCGUAAAACGGUACGAAAACCAGUCGAAUAUCAGAUUUACAUUUAGGCCUAGAUCUUAAGCAACCAAUAACUGAAAGUUUAGUCUAUAUAGGGCUGCAUAUUGUGGAUUGUUUACUUGGCUUUUUGAUGUAAAUUAUUUAGGCAGAAACUUUUGUAAUUCAGCUUAACCAGCAAGUGCAUAGAAAUCCAGUGAUUUAGCAUCUAACACACAACCAAAACGUAUCAGAGUCAGAGUCAAAAUUGAACGAGUUCGAAAAUACUAGAGAUGCAAUAAUUAUACAACCGUGUUUGGCAUACUACAAAUUGUGCAAUAUUUAUCAAAUGGAAAUGCGAACAAUUUAAUCACGCUAGAAUCAAUUUAGACACGAAUUUCCUAAAGCAAAUUAUAUAUCUGUAAAAGUGUACGAGAGGAGCAAUGGGCACUCAACUCCUAAGCAUAAGUUUCCCUAGGCAUAAUUUAUUUGUAUGGUUAUUUAGUUGUAAUUGUAAUUAAAUUGUACUAUACUUUAUGUCCUUACAUUAUACAACUGAGUUAAAUUCGUUUUCUUUUUCCAAAACGAAGGCCCAGUAAAUUGAUCAAAUUGGAAACACGAUGUUAAAUGAGUAAUCGGAUUAUUUAAUAAAAUGAAAUGAAUCCAGCAAUA